GUUUCGUGCGGGUCCUGGCCGCCCCCCCGCAAAAUUCACAUUUUUGGGCAAGCAAAGCCCAGCGUAAUCGAGGUGCGCAGGCCACAGGACUCGUCCGGUAGUACGUCUGGAUCACGCGGGACCGGCCACCGCGCGCGCGCGGCCUCACACGCCGUACUGGCUGCAAAGUGGUCCAGUGACCUCCAGCCAUAGAAUCCGCCGCGAGCGCGUAGACGGGAGCAGCCAUGCUCUCCAAGACGAAGAGCGCCGCACCAACACUGCGCGGCAACGAAAAGGCCGCCGCGAAGGCGUUGGAGCGCUCCGUCGACCUCGCGACGCACCCGCCGCCGAGCGACGAGCUCAUCCAGGCCUGCGCCGACGCCUUCAGCAGAAGCCCGCCGUCCGUCGCCGAGGCGGGCGUCCGCCACCUGCGCAAGAAACUGCAGGCCGCCGACCGGAAUUAUGAUGUGGCGCUGUUGUCGUGCGGCGUCGCCGGCCGCGUCGUCGCGGCGUCGCCGGCGGCGCAGAAGGCCGUGGGCGCGGGCGACGGCGGCAAGAAGUUCAUGGCCGUCAUGCUCAAGCAGGCCUGCGAUAGACGCCCGUCGCAGCUCCAGAAGGGCGCGCGGCAGCUCAUCGAGACGUGGCAGCAGACGUACGCGUCGAAUCCCGGCUUACCGUACUUCGCCACGGUAGCCGUCGAACUCGCGGCCUUCAAGCACCAGAACGGCGAGGCGCCUUCAGCUGCACCGACGGACGCGCUGCAGUUCGCCGGCGGGCCCCAGCUCCAACGGAGAGGGGCGGCCAGCGGCAUGGACGACUCGGCCUCGCUGAGCGCCGCCUCGCUGCAGCGCCACCGCGAGGCCGCGGAGGCGGCGCAGAUCCGGCAGGCCAUCGCGGACCAGCACACGACGCUGGACGAGGCGCCGACGUCGACGUCGCAGGAGGAGGCGAUGCUCGCGCGCGCGAUGGAGGAGUCGCGCCAGUCGGCUUCCGCGUCAGCUCCCGACGCCUUCGCGCCAGUACCACAGACGGACCCGUUUGCUGCGCCGCCGUCGCCCACCCUGCCGCCGCGGCCGCCGGCCGCCGACCCCUUCGCGGCGCCGCCCGCGCCGCCGGCCCGACCGGCGGCCGCAGACCCGUUCGCAGCGCCGGCAGCGCCGCAGCCCGCCGCUGCGCCGGCCGCCGAUCCCUUCGCUGCGCCUCAGGCGCCGCAGCCGGCCGCGCCGCCGGCCGCCGAUCCGUUCGCGGCUCCACCUGCACCGCCGCCGCGGCCAAGCGCGGCCGACCCGUUCGCUGCUCCACCCGCAACGCCGGCAAGCGCGGCGGCUUCGGCGGAUCCCUUCGCGGCGCCCACACCGCCGGCCGUCGGCGGCACCUGGGGCGCCGCGCAGCCCGCGGCGGACGCGUUCGGCGAUGCCAGCUCGUUUAGCCCCAACACAGCAGCGUCGGCCUUUGCCCCAGCGCCGCCGCAGCCCGCGGCCGCGGCCGCGCAACCUGCCGACCCGUUCGCCGGCAUGGCCGCGGCGACGCCGGCCGCGUCGUCCGCUGGGACGUCGCCCAUGCCACCUGCUGCGCCGCCGCCGACGCCCGACGACUCGGCGACGCCGCCCCCCGCGAUGAUGAUGCCGCCACCGUCGGCGAUGAUGCCGCCCGACACCGCCUUCGCGGCGCCGGGCCCGCCGCAACACGCCGGCUCGGCGGCGAUGAUGGCGCCGCCGCCAGGCGCGAUGAUGCCACCCGACGGCUCGGCUGCGAUGAUGAUGCCGCCGCCGCCGGGCGCGCCACAGGCGGCCGAUCCGGCUGAUCCGUUCGCCGGGAUGGCGGGCAUGGCGCCGCCGCUGCAGCAGGGCAUGAUGGCGCCGCAGUCGCAAGGAUUUCCGCCGCCGCAGCAGCAAGGGUUCCCGCCGCAACAACAGCAGGGCUUCCCGCAACAGCAGCAAGGCUUCCCGCCACCGCAACAUCCGGGCCUACCGCAACAGCUGACGCCGCCGCAACAGCCAGGCUUGCCGCAGCAACUAACGCCGCCGCCGCAGCAAGGCAUGCCUCCGCCGCCGCCGCCGCGCGAGCCGGAGCCCGAGCCGGCGCCGGUGGUGAAGGACCCCUUCGCCUCGCUCGCGUCGGGCCCGCCGGCCGCGGCGCUCGCCGCGGCGCCGCCACUCGCCCCGAUGGUGCCGCCGCCGCCGCCACGCGAGCCCGAGGUGACGCCGCGGCAAGUACAUGAGGUGCUGGCGGCGCCCCUGGUUCCCACACCGCCGGUACCCCUUGUGAGGUCGUCGAGCCGCGUCGUGUCGGCGGCCGAAGAAGAGCAGCCCGUCGAGGCCUUCUCUCCGAAGCGGGAUCGUUCGGACUCGGGCCCGCUCGGCUACAUCUCCGAGGCCGCGUCGGGCGUGAUGGCCGCCGUCGCCGGCGCAUCAGCGCCGCCGCCCGUGCAGCAGCGCACUCCGCCGCCGCCGCCGCCCUCGAGUGCGUCGUUCGACUCGACGCCGCCGCCGCCGAUCACGUCUCCGGACGUUCCGGACGCGGCCGCGGCGCUGCCGACGCCGCCGCCUCCGGCGAUGAUGGCGCCCAGCGACCCGUUCGCGGGCAUGGGUGACAUGGACGCGGCGCCAAGGUCCGUGUCCUUGCCUCCGGCCAUGGCCGCUCCUCCCGCGUCCGCGCCGGCGGCCUCGGCGCCGCGCACGGCGUCCCUGCCGCCGAGCGGCUCGGUGACGUCGUUCACGACGCAAGAGACGAGCUCCGUCGCCGUCGAGCCGCCGACCGCGCAGCCGACGCCGACGGACCCCUUCGCGGGAAUGACCGGGUCGCAGGCGACGUCGCCCCGCGCCGCGCUCGAGGCGGCCGCACUCGGGAGCUUGGCGCCGCCGGUCGCGGCCGCGCCGCCGGUCGCGGCCGCGCCGCCGACUGCGGCACCGCCCGCCGUCGAAGCGCCAGCCGAGCCGGAGCCCGCUGCACCGGCUGUCGUCAUGGCGCCGGCCGCACCGGAGCCCGCGGCGCCGGCCGCACCGGCCGCGCCCAUGCAAACGCCCAGGGCUAGCGCUGACGACCCGUUCGCUGGCAUGAUGGGAAGCCCGCAGCCCGGAGCCGCGGCGGCGCCGGAGUCCUUUGCGCCCGAUCCAGUCGCCGCACUCGCGCCGCAAGCGCCGCAAGCCGUUGCGACACAACCCGUCGCGGCACAGCCUGUCGCGCCGCCACCUGCCGCGCCGCCCGCCCCGCCACCGCCCUCGCCUCCCGCGGACCCGGAGGCGGCCCGGUUCGAGAACGCGCAGUACCACUGGCAGGACGCCGCGGGCCAGCAGAAAGGACCUUCGGGCUGGGCCGAGUACAAGGCCGCGCACGCCAAGGGCGACACGCACGCGGGCUGCCUCGUCUUCGCGGCCGGUGUUGCCGCGAGCUGGGCCGUCGUCCGCGACGUGCCAGGCCUCGCCCAGCGCGUCGCUCCGCCGCCGCCGCCGGCAAUGCCGGCCGCGCCACCGAUGCCGACGAACGUUCCGCCGAUGCCUCCCGCGGCGCCGGCUGCUCCGCCAGCAGCGCCACCAGCUCCGGCCGCGCCGGCCUCGACGACGCCUGCCAAGGCGCCCACGCCGCGCGAGGUGCCGCCGACGCACCUGACGCCCGACGCCUCCGCCGAGCGCCGCGCGUCGGGCGUGUUUGACAAGGAUCCUUUCGCUGGCAUGGGCGCGAUGGCGGGCGCGUUUUCGCCAAAGCCGCCGUCGGUGCCGCCUUCGCCAAUGACGCCGGCGGCCGCGCCCGCUACGUUCGCUGCCGAUCCGGUCGCAGCUCUGCCGGCUGCGCCGCCCGUCGCGGCGCCGCCCGCUCCGGUCGCGGCGCCGCCUCCUCAAGCCGCGCCUCCCGCGGCUAUGACGCCGCCGCCGGCGCAAAUGCCGCCGCCAUCACAGCCUCCAGCGGCCAUGGCACCGCCGCCGACGAUGAUGAUGAAGCCGCCCGCCGGCCCGCCGCCCGAGCUGCCCGCGCCACCGCCGCCCAUGGCCGCUUCUGAUGCCGACGCCGCGGCGGCCUCGUUCCUCGCGACAGCAGCUGCGCCUUCCAAACCGGCGCCGGCCGCGACGGCGCCGAUGAUGGCACCGCCGGCCGCGAUGGCGCCACCGCCAGCCGCGAUGAUGGCACCACCGCCGAGCAAAAUCCAACACAUCGUCAACUCGAGCGACGACGAGGACACUGUGACUCCGGCCUACACGGCACCCAGGACGCCUGCAUCACCGUCCUACGGCUUCUCAUCGGGCAUGGGCGGCGCUACGGCAGCGGCUCUGGCCUUCGAGAAGCCUCCGGAGAAGGAGGUGCCGCCGCGGACGGGCUCGAUCCCGCCUAAACCCGACCCGUUCGCCGCGGCGGCGCCGCCCGCGCCGAGCGGCUUCUCGAACUGGGGCUCGCCCGCACCUGGCGGCGCCGACCCCUUCGCGGCGGCGGGCGCUUCCGCGUUCAACGAGUCCAGUGCCUUUGGCGACGACGCGUCGACGGCGUUCCGCUGA